UUUAUUGUUUUCUUUCAGGCAUUUCGUCGAACUGGUUUCUCAUUUAAAACAUGGAUGAACAGCCUCCCAAAAACGAAAAGCUUGAAACUUUUCGCGUCACCAACACUCUCAAAGACCUUUGUUUGAACAAUAACAAUGUUAGCAUUUCUGGGUCUGAUUCUCUUUUCAGUUGUAGCAAUAACGGAAGUAGCAGCAGUGGCAGUUUUCAAGAUGUUAGCAUCAAUAAGAACAGUGUUAGCUUUAGUUUAUGUAGUAGUGUUAGUAAGAAUCCGGAGAGUAGUGACUGUGAAGAGAGUGAAAAGAGUAGCUUUAGGAGCUUUUGCACAUCGAAACCUCAUAAAGGAAAUGAUAGGAGAUGGGAUGCGAUACAGCAUGUUAAGGGCAAAGAUGGGGACUUGGGGUUAGCUCAUUUUAGGUUGUUGAAGAAGUUAGGGUGUGGAGAUAUAGGGAGUGUUUAUUUAGCUGAGUUAAGAGGGGUGGGAUGUUUGUUUGCAAUGAAGGUUAUGGAUAAAGGGAUGUUAGCUGGGAGGAAGAAAUUGAUGAGAGCACAAACUGAGAGAGAGAUAUUGAGGUUAUUAGAUCAUCCAUUUUUACCCACCCUUUAUUCGCAUUUCGAGACCGAGAAGUUUUCUUGUUUGCUGAUGGAGUUUUGCAGUGGUGGGGAUCUUCAUAUUCUCCGGCAACGACAGCCGGGCAAGCAUUUUACCGAACUUGCGGCACGGUUUUAUGCUUCAGAAGUCCUUCUAGCCCUUGAGUAUCUACACAUGAUGGGGGUGGUGUAUAGGGAUUUAAAGCCUGAAAAUGUGUUGGUGAGGGAGGAUGGCCACAUUAUGCUAUCAGAUUUUGAUUUGUCAUUGCGGUGUUUAGUCAAUCCUACUCUUGUGCAGUCAUGUUCCGAGCCAUCAUGUAGAAUCGCUUCGUACUGUGUUCAACCAGCUUGCAUUGAUCCAGCAUGCAAAUUACCGGUAUGCGUAGAGCCUGCUUGUUUGCAGCCAUCUUGCUUUAAGCCUCGGUUUCUUAGUUCUAAAGCAGGGAAGGUGAAGAGUGAAAGAACAAAUUUGGUGAGUUCAGAUUCAUUUCCUGUGCUUAUUGCAGAACCAACAAACGCCCGGUCCAUGUCAUUCGUUGGGACACAUGAAUACUUAGCUCCCGAGAUUAUAAGAGGAGAUGGUCAUGGGAGUGCUGUUGAUUGGUGGACAUUUGGUAUUUUCUUGUAUGAAUUACUACAGGGACGAACGCCAUUCAAGGGAAAUUACAAUCGGGAGACCUUGUUCAACGUGGUUGGUCAGUCCCUAAAAUUUACAGAGGGAUGUUCAAUCAGUUUUGCAGCAAAGGAUUUAAUCAGAGGUCUGCUGGUGAAGGACCCUCAAAAGAGAUUAGGCUUCAAAAGAGGUGCCACUGAGAUCAAGCAACACCCUUUCUUCAAAAGCGUUAACUGGGCUCUUAUCCGCACCACGCAUCCUCCAGAAAUCCCUAAACCCAUCGAUAUCACAUUGCUAAACCGAGAAUUUAAGUCGUCAGUGCCUCCAGAUGAUACGGGAGCCACAGACUCAGACAGGUCAUCUGGUCCUUACUUAGAUUUUGAGUUUUUCUGAAAUAGUGGUUAGCUUAGAUUAUUGUUGUAUCAUGUUUUCAAUGGAAUCUGUCUUUCCUUUUUGCCA